AUGUCCUGGGUUCCCGUCCUGCUCAUGCUGUUAGUCUACUGCACAGGUUGUGUUCCUCAGCCUGUGCUGCAUCAGCCACCAUCCAUGUCUUCACCUCUUGGAACCACAGUCCGCCUUACCUGCACCCUGAGCAGCAACUAUAACAUUGGUGUUUAUAGCAUCUACUGGUACCAACAGAGGCUGGGCAACUCUCCAAGGUUCUUGCUAAGAUACUUCUCAUACUCAGAUCAGCACUGGGGUCCCAAUGUCCCCCAUCGCUUCUCUGGAUCCAAAGAUGUGGCCAGGAACCGGGGGUAUUUAAUCAUCUCCAAACUGAAGUCUGAGGAUGAGGCAAUGUAUUUCUGUGCUGUGGGUCCCCAAAGCAUGGAGAGGGAAAAGAUGGAGAGGGAGAGCAGGGAAGAAAAGGAUCCUGCUGCUUCAGGAUCCCAGAUGCCCCAGGACAUGUAUACCUGAAUUGAAGACAAGGUUUCACUCAGAGAGGCUGGUGUGGG